UCAGUCGCUCGCAGCCUGGCCGGACAUUGCGCCGAGCAGCCUGGAGCCUCUGGCGCGCGCGGCCACCGGGGAGCAGGCGGGGGCCAUGCGGCGGCCUUGAGCGCGCCAGGCGGGCGCUGAGCAUGGAGCUGAGCCUGGAGAGCCUCGGGGGGCUGCAUGGCGUGGCCCACGCGCAGGCGGCCGAGCUGCUGAGCCCCGGCCACGCGCGCCCCGCCGCGGCGCAGCACCGGAGCCUGGUGGCGCCCGGGCGCCCGGGCUUGGUGGCCGGCAUGGCCAGCCUGCUGGACGGCGGCAGCGGCGGCGGCGGCGGGGGUGCAGGGGGGGCCGGGGGCGCGGGCGGCGCGGGCGGCGGCGCGGGGGGCGCGGACUUCCGCGGGGAGCUGGCGGCGCCGCUGCACCCCGCCAUGGGCAUGGCCUGCGAGGCGCCCGGCCUGGGCGGCACCUACACGACGCUCACGCCGCUGCAGCACCUGCCGCCGCUGGCCGCCGUGGCCGACAAGUUCCACCCGCACGCGGCCGCCGCGGCCGUGGCCGGAGCGCACGGCGCCCACCCGCACGCGCACCCGCACCCCGCGGCCGCGCCGCCCCCGCCGCCCCCGCCGCAGCGCCUGGCCGCCAGCGUGAGCGGCAGCUUCACCCUCAUGCGCGACGAGCGCGCGGCGCUGGCCUCCGUGGGCCACCUCUACGCGCCCUACGGCAAGGAGCUGCCGGCCAUGGGGUCGCCGCUGUCCCCGCUGCCCAACGCGCUGCCGCCCGCGCUGCACGGCGCCCCGCAGCCCCCGCCGCCGCCGCCGCCGCCGCCGCUGGCCGCCUACGGGGCCCCGGGGCACCUGGGCGCCGACAAGCUGCUGCCGCCCGCCGCCUUCGAGCCGCACGCCGCGCUGCUGGGGCGCGCGGAGGACGCGCUGGCCCGAGGGCUGCCCGGGGGCGGCGGGGCCGGGGCCGGGGGCGGCGCGGCGGGCGGCGGGGGCGCCGCGGGGCUGCUGGCGCCGCUGGGCGGGCUGGCGGCGGCCGGGGCGCACGGGCCGCACUCGGGCGGCGCCGGCGGGGGCGGAGGCGCGGGCGGCCCGGGCGCGGGCGCGGCGGCGGCGGCCGAGGAGAUCAACACCAAGGAGGUGGCGCAGCGCAUCACGGCCGAGCUGAAGCGCUACAGCAUCCCGCAGGCCAUCUUCGCGCAGCGCAUCCUGUGCCGCUCGCAGGGGACGCUGUCCGACCUGCUGCGCAACCCCAAGCCCUGGAGCAAGCUCAAGUCCGGCCGCGAGACCUUCCGCAGGAUGUGGAAGUGGCUGCAGGAGCCCGAGUUCCAGCGCAUGUCGGCUCUGCGCCUGGCAGCCUGCAAGCGCAAGGAGCAGGAGCAGCAGAAGGAGCGCGCGCUGCAGCCCAAGAAGCAGCGCCUGGUCUUCACCGACCUGCAGCGCCGCACGCUCAUCGCCAUCUUCAAGGAGAACAAGCGGCCGUCCAAGGAGAUGCAGGUCACCAUCUCGCAGCAGCUGGGGCUGGAGCUCAACACCGUCAGCAACUUCUUCAUGAACGCGCGGCGGCGCUGCAUGAACCGCUGGGCCGAGGAGCCGGGCGCCGCCGCCGCCCCCGGGGGCCCCGCCGCCAGCGCCGCCGCCAACGCCGCCUUCUCCAAGGCCUGAGCGCCCCGCGCCGCCCCGGGGGGACCGCACACCCCGGCCGGCGCACAUGGGGCCCCUCCCGCCCCCAGCCCAGCCCAGCCCAGCCCCCCAGGCGGGGACCCCAAGGGGCUCCCCAGCUCCCCCACCCACACCCCGCCUCCGUUCAGGACGCCGUCCAGGGUUGGGAGGGGCCCCCAGGAAAUUCGGGGCUCACUGUGUGGUCCCUUGAAGCGGGUCAAAAAGCACAUACUAGAAAUAUAAACCGGGUAUUUAAGGGAAAAAAAAAAAGGAAUUUUAAGAAUAAGCUUCCUCUGCCAGACACCCCAGCCCCCCAAGGAAGGCAGAGGGGCUAAGGGGAACGAGCCCCCAAGCCACCCCCUGCACCCACUGUCCCUUCUGAGUGGCCAAAACCCACGUUAAGCUGGGUCCUCCGGCGCCCCCUCCCGUCCCACGCCACCCCUCUGCUGGCAGGACCCCCCCAGCCGAGACCCCCCACUGCCACCACCCAGAGGCCAGGAUCUCUCGUGCCAAGAUUUGCCUGCCUUAAAACCUGGGGAGGGCCCGCGAGGACAGCGCCCUCGUCACCCACCGACCUGGGUGUGGCCGGCCCCAACAUGCGGGUACAUCCCAGGCGCCUCUGCCCCGCACCCCGUGGUUGAAUUCGCUCUAUAAACCGGUAGGCACCUUGCUAAACGCGCACAGGGGAAGACGCACCCCAGGAACCGGAGGACCACGCCAGAGGCCGCGAGAGGGAGGAGACACGCGAGUCCCUGCGGGGUGCGCACCAGGGGCCCCCCAACUCACCGCCCUCCUCGUGGACUGCAGAACUGGCCCCCACCCCACCACGCCGGGGGCGGCAGCUGGGGGACCUCGCGUUUGUGUCCGACGUCCCUUCCAGGGGAGGAUCAGACGCCGGAGGACUUGGAAUCUGCUUGCUCUGUGUUUUGCCAAAAAAAAAAAAAAAAUUGUUUUUUACAAAGGGGAGGGGUCAGAAAUGAAGGGGAGCCCCCCACCCCUCCCUGCAGCACUCGAGACUGGAUCCCCAAGACCCGCCUCCCGCGGUUCCAAAUCCAGAGGCUGGAAGACCCCCCUCCCCAAGCCCCCCAAACCCUGACCCCCUCGGCUGCCUCCCAGGGAGGGGCCCCCCUCCCUUAGAGAGCGCCAAGAACGUUUCUAGCGCUCCCCAAUCCCCAGGUAAAGGCUACCUCAGUACGCUCACCUCCGUGAUUGGAAAAUCACGUCUGAUACCAAAGAUUCCCCCGGGCCUUGUGCUGGAUUCAGGGUUCCCUCCCCUCCCCCACCCAGCCUGGUGUCCCCCCCCACCAAACGAGAGCCACAGACAGACAGACAGACAGAGAGGGAGAGAGAGAGGAGGGCAGGUCGGUGAGUGCCUUUUUCUUGAACCAAAGAUGUGUAUGCCGUGUCCGUGUCCUUAUCGGCCACCGCUGUCCUCCAGCUUUGUAAGUGACACUCCCAGAAUCUGUGGGGGCCGGGACAGCACCUUGAGAGUGGAGAGUCCCCAGGCCCGGCUUGCUGACUGACCCUGGACAUGCAAACACAGACAGACAGACAGACAGACAGACACACACACACACACACACACACACACACACACACACGCACGCACGCACACACACGCACACACACGCAGGGGCCCUGGCCCUGUUCCUUUUCGGGAUGAUUCUGGCCCCUGGGAACCCCAUUUUGGGAAACUGAGGCCCCCACACACACCCCAAAACCCCUGAACCCCUCUUCCGGAUGAUGGGUGACAGGGUGACAUAUCUUCUGAGCCCAGCAGGUCUCGGGCCCACGAAACCAUUUUAAUUUUAUUUAUUAUAUUUAUUUUAAUUUUUAUUUCUUUCUUCUGUUUUUCCCGUACCCGGGACCCCCCGCCCCCCCGCCCCCCCAGCCUGCCAGGCAGGCGCUGUGCUGCUGAGCUGCAUCCCGGCCACAGCUGCUUUACAAUUAGGAGGAAAAAACGAACUUUUAGGGCAAAGAGACUGUUUAAUGUGCCCGGUUCACAGAGAGGUCCUCAUUUUGUCCUCGUGGUGCUGGAGAUGGAACCCAGGACCUCAGGCUGGCAGAGCACGCGCCUGACACUCGGCCCUGUGUCCUGUCCCAAAGGGUCCUUUCCUUCCCGUCUGUCUCUUUUUCUUCCUUUCUUUUUCUGUGUAUGCAGGUUUUUGUUUCUGUGUGUGCUUUCCCUUUUUGUUUUGAGACAGGGACUUGCUCUGUAAUUCGGGCUGGCCUUGAACUCACUGUGUAGCCCAGCUUGGCUUUGAACUCACAGAGAUCCUCCUGCCUCAGCCUCCCGAGUGCUGGGGCUCCAGGUGUGGCCACUACGCUCAGCCUAUUGGGUCAGUUUCAGACAUCGGUGUGCACACGCACACACACGCACACCAGCUCCAUACUUUUCACCAGGCGCACACCCCCGUCCCCCACCCUGUGCUAUCUGGUCCUGCAAACAAACCAAAGACCCUUCCCAUGCAGGGAACCCCCCUCCAGCACAAUCCCUUCAAGCCUUUGACAAUUCUCUCAGAAAUACCUCAAAAAUAUUUAAUGUAUAGUUUAUGUGAUAAAAGAAAAUUCCUUAGCUAGUUUUUGGACUACGUGACUUGAAGUUUUGUACAGUUAGAUUAUAAUUUCACGGGCCACGGUGUGUUUCUUGGACCAUCCUAUGGGAGACGUAGUGAAUGUCAGGGCAGCCAGGCUGGCGGUCAGUGAGGGCCAGGCAGGGCGGGGAUGGGGGACCAGCGGCGUUUACAGAUUUCUUAUUUAAACAAGUCUUUUAGGAAAGAGAGGGUGAGAGAGAGAAAGAGAGAGAGGAGAGAGGUGAACCUUUCUGUUCUCUGGCUUCUGUUUUUGUUUUUUGAGUCCUGUCUUCUAAGAGUAUUUAUUAUUCUACGUGUUCCGUGUCCAGAUGUAAUUUAAGAGAAAAAAAAAAGGAAGAAAAAUGAAAGAAAAAAAAAGACAAAAUGGAGUUUGAUUGGUGCAUGGUUAAUGUACUCUUUCUUGGCGAUAAUGUAUUAAGUGGGGGCGGGGGGUGGGGGGGUCCAUGUCCAAUCUGCGUGCUUCAAGCCCAAGUCGGUGUUGUCCCGUGGUCUUUUGUGCUGCUCUGUGCCCAUUUAUCCUCUCUGAGGAGCUGUGUGUGUCCAGCAGAUGACCAGGCCCCAGGUGGAUGGCCAAAGGGGUCCUGGAGCAAGCCAGACCUGAGCUCCAUGGGCCCCCACACCACUGCCUGCCUCUUCACAGAGCAGGGGGCGGUCACCAGGUCCCUACCCCAUCUGGAUGGGAUGUGGGUGUCCUCACCAGCCAGGACCCUGCCCAGCUCUGUCCCCUCUCCCCCGUUGUUUUCACUUUAGCAUGUAUUCCUAAGUGUCUUGUUCAGAGGAGAGAGACAAUCAGGCAGUUUGAGUCCCGUCGCCUGUGGGGGAGGGGGUCUGGGGUGCACCCCAACUUCCCAGAUCCAAAGGGCCUUUUUGAGCGCCCUCUUGGGCCCAGCUCUACCUGGUCCUCCUCUCAGCUUCCUGGCCCUGGGUUGGACCUAAGUUAGAUUUUCUGGGCGGCCCGGGAGUGGGGUGCUGUUUUUGGUAGGACACCCCCUCCUGGAGGAAAGAUGUGUCCCUCCAGCCCCCCACAUCAGGAAAGCAGGCCCUGGGGCUAUGACUGUCCCUAGGUUUCUGUUUUACCUCUGCGGUGGCCCUGCAGGUGGGGACAGAGGUCAAGCCCAGGGGGAGUUGUGACUGCAGCUCCUGUGACCGCAGAAUGACAUCUUUGUGGCCUGCAGAACAGCAGGGCCUGGGGAGGCAGAGUUUGAACCCCAACGAAAGCUCCUUCUCUGCCCAAGGUGGACCCACCAGAGCCCGGCCAUGGGCCCCUGCCUCAUGCAGGUGGCUCCGGGGGACCCCUGAGGGUCAUCACAGCAGGAACAGGUGGGGGCCUCGCAGCAGCGUUUUCAAUGUAGAUGGAAAAGUAGGCGGGCUUGCACGGAGGCCAAGGGGAUCACCCCAGUUCUGUUCUUCCCAGGGCAGGAAGAGGAGGGGUACAGCCCGCUCCACCCCACCCUCAGGCGACAGGUUUAAAAGGGAAAACAAACAAAAAACUCAUCUUUGUUAAUCGUUCCUGUGCUCAGUUUGCUGUUUUGGUUUUUUCUUCAAUAAAUUAUUUCCCAGUCAGUCA